UGGUUUUCAUAUUGUCACAGACUGCUCGGCCGCGGCUCCAUGCACGUGUUCUCCAGCGAGCAAUUUCAAAAGCUAAUGGACGCAAGCGGCUUCACGGGCCCCUGGCAUUCCUUAGUGGACCUCGGGGCAGGUGAUGGCGCAACCACCGCCCACGUGGCGCAUCUCUUCGAGAAGGUGUACGCCACGGAUAUCUCACCCCCCAUGAGAUGGGCUCUAGCGAAGAGGAAAUUUACAGUACUCGAUGUAGAAAGAUGGCAUCAGGAAGCUGGUCCUUUCAAUGUCAUUCUCUGUCUGAACCUUCUCGACCGUUGCGAUCGUCCAAAUACUUUGCUGAGGUUACUGAGGACUUCGCUGGCUCCUGGUGGCAGGCUCGUCGUCGCUCUAGUGUUGCCGUUCAGUCCCUACGUCGAGGUUGGCGAGAGGGGUAAUCACAAACCGUCGGAGUAUCUGCCGGUGCGAGGAAGCGGACUCGAGGCUCAAAUAGCCGGACUGAUCGACCGGGUUUUCGCUCCGGCGGGUCUGCGAUGUCUCGUCUGGAGCAAACUGCCGUACCUUUGUGAAGGAGAUCUGGGACAGUCGUACUACUUCCUGGACGAUGUGAUCUUCGUGCUGGAGGCUCAGCCAGUUAAUACGCGAUCCUGCGAAUUCGUCGCGAGAGACGUCGGUGUUUCGUUACAAAGGAAUUUUUAGAGAGGAAGUAUAAGUGUACGUGGAGAGAAUAAAUGGAGAGAAUAUGUGAUAUACAAGACGAUCCUCUCACACUUGUAAAAACUUUAAUAAUUGCUGUCAUGAGUUAGAAUUAUGCGAGAAUACAGAAGAGCAAUACUGGCAAGCGACGACGAGCUUAAUGUGCAGACACAGCGGUUAGCGUUUGGUGUACGAAUAUCGAUUGACGAUCCGAGUUUAAAAAAGAAACAACGGAUCGACAAAACAGUGCGCAUUUUACAAUCGUUUAUCAUCUUACUGUCGAAUUCGGUGCGGAAACGUGUACACGGUUUUCUAUGGUAUAGAUAAUAACGAGCGCGAGAAUAACGAGAUCCGGAAAUGAAAUCUGCAUUUCUUCUUCUUUCUUCAUAUAUUCGACUCCGUUCGAGAACGUCCCUCUAGAAUCCAAGUCUUUGUAUGGCUAAUUAUUUAUAAUGAUGAACGAUUAAAUAAAUAAUAAUCGUGCUCUCAAAGAAAGUUACUAUGUACGUACGUGUUAAGCGAUAAAGUUAAUCUUUAAAAAACGGGUAACGAAAAACGAGUCUUUUCUCUUGACUCUAAUGACCAUUAAUUUAAAAAAAUAAAACGAUGAUAUCAUCAUUAGGCAUAAAGUGAAUGUAAAGCGACUGCAAGUCUUGCGACCUUUGUUUUAAAUGAACAAAUUUCGCAUCGCACUUUAAACAAUUGCACGAUUGUAUUCAAAUAAUUAAUAUGGACUAUAGAUUUAUCUCGAACGUAGCCUCUCCAAUGCCUCGCGAAAUUCUAUUUUGUAUGUCAGAUCAACUCUUCUUCUUUCUUGUCAGACUCUGUUUCCGCGCUCCCUUUUCUCCGUUUGGCAUAAAUUGCAGCGACUUAGUCAUGGAUAUGCUUAAUUGUGCGUCGGUCAUACAACCGACCGAUUGCGAGACAAACGGUGGUACAUUUGCAUUUCUUUUUUUUACGCAAUAAUAACUACUAUAAGAAAUAAGUCCAUCUAGUUAUUGGAAAUACACUUUGGUGUACAACAAGUUAUCGUCGAAUUAUGAACCAUAUUGCAGCAGCCUCUUUAUCAAUGUAAAUAUAUAUACAUAUAUGUAUGUCAACAAAAACGCAGUCUAUAGAAGCCGGAUCUGUACGAUUAAACAAUCACUAUACGUGAAAAACGAAUAAAGAAUACCGUCAUCGAUUA